UCGGUAAUUCUGUUUCUCUUCCUGACAGGGCUUGGUGUGCUGCACCGGGGCAGAAUGGCUCAGGUGCCCCCGACGUUCGAUGACGUGGCCGUGUAUUUCUCACGCAGUGAGUGGAACAGCCUGAGCCCCACUCAGAAGGAGCUGUACAAGUGGGUGAUGAGGGAGAACUACGAGUGGCUGCUCUCUCUGGGUUACUCCGCAGACAAGCCGGAUAUCGUGGCCCGGAUCGAGGUGGGAGAGGAGCCGUGGUGCGAUGGCGGCCCAGACAACGCAGCCGCCGGCGAAUCCGACGUCCAGACGGAGGUCGAUAGAGCGACGGUGGUGAAAGUCGAGGCGCCCUUUGGAUAUGAAGCUGGAGAGGCCGUCGUCUCUGCCGGUCCGGGGGCUGAGUCUCAGGACUUCGCCCCCCCCGCGUCGCCCCCGGGUGAUAGGCCGUACCAGUGCUGGGACUGCCCGAAAAGUUAUAAGCGGAGUGCCGCGCUGACCAAGCACCGGCGGACGCACGCCCCGGAGAAGCCGUUCCGCUGUUCCGUCUGCUCCAAGGGCUUCAUCCAGAACUCGGACUUGGUGAGACAUCACCGAAUCCACACGGGGGAGAAGCCGUACCCCUGCCUCAUCUGCGACAGACGGUUCGUGGAAAGCUGUGCCCUGACCAGACACAUAAUGAGGCACAAGGGAUCAGAUCUCAGUAGACCCGAAAUGACACCCGGGGAGGGUGGCACCGGUCUGUCUCCGGGGGCAGCUGAAGCACCGGGUAGCGGCUCGGACCCCUUAAACUCUCGUAAGGAGCCCAUCAAAGUUGCCGGCACUCCUUACAUCUGCGCGCAAUGCGGAGAGACCUUUAAACAAUGGAUUCCCUUGGUGAGGCACCAGAAGACUCACGUGUGUCGGUACUGCCGCAAGACGUUCCCGCAGAGCUCCGACAUGCUGAAGCAUUUAAUGACCCACGCGGGGGAAAGAUCCUUUCAGUGCCGCCACUGCAACAAGAGCUUCGUUCAGAAAUCGGACCUUGUUAAACACGUCAGGCACCAACACGCCGAGGAGAGGCCGUUCCCGUGUCCACUCUGUGAGAAAAGCUUCAAGGAGAAGUCCCACCUCACUAACCACCAGUGGAUGCACGGCGGGGAGAAGCCGUACGUGUGUCCGGUGUGCGCCAAAGGCUUCACCAAGAGCUCCUAUCUCGUGUUGCACCAAAGCACGCACAGCGGCGAGCGGCCCUAUAAAUGCCCCCAGUGCGACAGGGGCUUCAUCCAGAAGUCGGACAUGAUGAGGCACCAGAAGACAGUCCACGCCAGGCAGCUCGGCUCGGGGGAAGAGGUGAGCGACGGCGCGUCCGUUCCCGGCGGUUAUCCAUGUGCGCAAUGCAGUCAGACGUUCAGCCAUUGGGCGGCGUUGGUGGAGCAUAAGACGCUACACAAUGGGGAUAAAGAGUUUGAACCAAUGAAGCUUCCGCAGACGCCCGACGGGGAGAAAUCCUUCCCGGGCAUCUCCAUCGCCGAGAGCUUUACACACGAGACAGACGAGACUCGGCAGGAUGAGACGAAUCCCCUUCUCAGGCAGGCGAUACAUUCUGCGGACACCCCGCCGACGGCCACUGCCUUCCACGAGAUCGUGAUCGAACUGCCUACAAAAGAGAGCGCGGACUCAAAUGAGUCGCAUCAAUGCACCAAAUGUGACAAGGUCUUCCCUCCGGCACCUGAGGACUCACACGGCGGGGAAGCGUUAACUGUGCAGCCAUUGCAAUAA